AGGAAAUUUGGGAGGAGUGUCCGGGGGGCAGCAACUUAAAAGGGGGAGGGAACUGCGGCUAAGGAGACGUUCGGUGAUGGGAGCGCAAUGUAUGAGGGGAUACCGUGCCUCAGGUUUAAAAGAGCAGGAAGCUGAGUGAGAGGUUGGAGAAAAAGUGUCUUCGCUAGGCGGAGGUUACAGGUGGUGUCUCGGAAAGAGCUCCGAGGCUGUCCGCUUGUAGUCGAGAAGAGGAUCAGAGAACUGUGUAGAAGGGACAGCUUGGGGGCUAGCGUCCUGGGGCGAGGGGGAAGUUCGCGACUUUCUGAGGACUGGCAGGAAUGUGCCUCCUGGCCCUCGGUGCUUCCCCCCUGGGGGGAGGCAUCGCGAGGGACGGUGGCAGGCUCCUCUGAAAGCUGAGCGGCGGAGGUCCAAUUCCACGUAUGGAUCCAAGGAAUGAGAAUUCAGCCACAGAGGCUGCCGCGAUCAUAGACCUCGAUCCCGACUUCGAACCCCAGAGCCGUCCGCGCUCCUGCACCUGGCCCCUUCCCCGACCGGAGCUCGCUACUGAGCCGUCUGAGCCUCCCGAGGUGGAGCCAGGUCUGGGAGAGAAGGUACACACGGAGGGGCACUCAGAGCCGACCCUGUUGCCCUCCCAGCUCCCAGAGCCGGCAGGGGGCCCCCAGCCCGGGAUCCUGGGGGCUGUAACAGGUCCUCGGAAGGGAGGCUCCCGCCGGAAUGCCUGGGGAAAUCAGUCAUAUGCAGAACUCAUCAGCCAGGCCAUUGAAAGCGCCCCCGAGAAGCGACUGACACUCGCCCAGAUCUAUGAGUGGAUGGUCCGCACUGUGCCCUACUUCAAGGACAAGGGUGACAGCAACAGCUCAGCAGGAUGGAAGAACUCCAUCCGCCACAACCUGUCCCUGCACAGCAAGUUCAUCAAGGUUCACAACGAGGCUACCGGCAAGAGCUCUUGGUGGAUGCUGAAUCCUGAAGGAGGCAAGAGUGGCAAGGCUCCCCGCCGCCGGGCAGCCUCCAUGGAUAGCAGCAGCAAGCUGCUCCGGGGCCGCAGCAAGGCCCCCAAGAAGAAACCUGCCGUGCUGCCGGCUCCACCCGAAGGCGCCACUCCAGCGAGCCCGGUCGGCCACUUUCCCAAGUGGCCAGGCAGCCCUUGCUCGCGAAACCGCGAAGAGGCCGAUGUGUGGACCACGUUCCGUCCACGAAGCAGUUCCAAUGCCAGCACCAUCAGCACUCGGCACUCCCCCAUGAGGGCAGAGUCUGAGGUGCUGGCCGAGGAGGAGAUGCCAGCCUCAGUCAGCAGCUACGCAGGGGGUGUCCCUCCCACCCUAAACGAAGAUCUCGAGCUGUUAGAUGGGCUCAAUCUCACCUCGUCCCAUUCCCUGCUCUCUCGGAGUAGUCUCUCUGGCUUCUCUUUGCAGCAUCCUGGGGUCCCGGGUCCCUUACACACCUACAGCACCUCCCUCUUCAGCUCAGCAGAGGGGUCCCUGGCAGCAGGAGAAGGGUGCUUCGCAAGCCCCCAGUCUCUGGAGGCCCUGCUCACCUCUGAUACGCCACCACCCCCUGCCGAUGUGCUCAUGACCCAGGUAGACCCCAUUCUGUCCCAGGCUCCGACACUUCUGUUGCUGGGGGGGCUACCUUCCUCCAGCAAGCCAGCCACAGGAGUCGGCCUCUGUCCCAAGCCGCUAGAGGUCCCAGGCCCCAGCAGUCUGGUCCCCACCCUUUCUAUGAUAGCACCACCUCCGGUCAUGGCAGGGGCUCCCAUCCCCAAGCCCCUGGGGGCUCCUGUGCUCACACCUGGUACUGAAGCUGCAAGCCAAGACCGAAUGCCUCAGGAUCUGGAUCUUGACAUGUAUAUGGAGAACCUGGAGUGUGACGUGGAUAACAUCAUCAGCGACCUCAUGGAUGGGGGCGAGGGACUGGACUUCAACUUCGAGCCAGAUCCCUGAGCCACGGCUGGAAGCUUUGUCCCCUGCUUCAGCGGUGGAGCCAGGCGUGCCCAUAUCCACUCUUUACCCUUGACCCCUCCCUGGGAAUUCGGGACCCUGCUUUAGAGCUAGGGUGGGGUCUGCAGACACGGGGGCGUUGAAGAAAUUCUAAAGAUAAAGCUGCCCCAUCUGGGAACUGUGGAGGGAGGGAGGGAAAGGGGUGGGGGGAAAGGGAAAGGGUUUCUUCUCACUGUGCCAAUUAGGGGGUGAGGCCCCCUCUUGGGAGCCAUCCU